AUGAGCGGCGGCAAAGACGAGUACAGCGACAAAGCGCUUCUCAAAGUGCUUAAAACCAAAUCGGUGAACACAAUCGCAAUUUUCUCAAGAGGAGAAUAUUUCACAGUUUACGCGGAUGAUGCGAAGUUCGUCGCCACCAACAUUUUCAAAAGCGACGUUUGCGUCAAAACAUUCACCCUUUGUACUAACAACGCCCAACAAAUGAAGUACGUGUCGAUGAAUCGCGGCCAAUACGAGAAGGUGGUCCGCGAGACGAUCAUUCUGCUUCGGUGCAGUGUCGAAUUGUACGCAAUGGAGGAUGGCGAAUGGAAAUUGCAAAAAAGUGGCUCACCAGGAAAUACUGUCGAGUUUGAGCAGGAGGUCGGCGUCGCCGAUCAGGCGCCAGUUUUCGCGGUCCAUCUGAAUGUCGACGACGAGAAUAAUCGUGUGACGCUGUGCGCCUGGGAUGCCGGAACUGUGCGAAUCAUCAUCAGCGAAUUCAGCGACACGCCGAAUUUCAGCAUUGUCGAGCAAAGCGUGUUCGGCUUGUGCCCCAAUGAAUACAUUCUGGUGAACACCGACGCCAAUUCGCCAGCCGCCAAAAAGUUGGCGGCGGUUUUCGCCAAAAUGGAGGUGCACGUGAAGCCGCGCACAAUCGCCGAGUCGCUCAAGCCGAAAUCGGAUUGGUGCGACGUGCUGAAGUUGAUUCAUAAUGAUUCUAAAGAAUGUGCCGAAAAAAUUGGCGAAAACGCCAAAGAAUGCCUUCAAAUGCUUCACGCGAACACUGGCGAGGAGUACAGCGAUCUUGAGAGGUACAGUAUCCUGGAUUACGGUGCCCAUGGAAGCAUGCAACUGGAUUCAUGUGCAGUUGAAGCUUUAGAGCUAUUCCAGCUGAACUAUAAUUAUUUGGAGAAAUCCAACAAUUUGACACUUUUCAAUGUGCUCAAUAAGUGCAAAACGCUGCCCGGCGAGAAAUUGUUGCGUGAUUGGAUAUCGCGACCAUUGUGCCAAAUCGAGCAUAUCAAUGAGAGAUUGGAUGUUGUCGAGGCGCUCGUCGAGAAUUCGUCGGUUCGAUCGAAGCUCCGAGAUUCGAUUUUGGCGAGAAUGCCCGAUUGCUCGCAAUUGGCUCGACGAUUGAUGAGGAAAAUGAGCUUGCAGGAUUUGAACCGGUUUUAUCAGGCUACGAGUCUCCUUGAAGCUGUUGAAAUGCAGCUCAACGAGCUCGCUGAGAUGAGCGACGCCAAAUUUGCGAGAUCCGUUGAUCGACUUUUAAGGAAAGACAUCCAAAAGAUUCUGAAGAGCGUCGAACGAUUCCAAAUUCUUUGCGACGAAUUUUUCGAUUUUGAAUAUGAGAAAGAGACGAAGGAGAUUCGCGUUCGCGUCGAUUUCGUCGACGAGAUUCAGGAGAUUCGCGAGAAGUUGGAUCAUGUCGAGAGUUUGGCGCAGAAGUUGAGGAAAAAGUUCUCGUCGAAAUUUGACAUUGAUGGGCUGAAAGUUGACAAAAAUUCGACGUAUGGCUAUCAUUUUCGAAUCACUUUAAAGGAAGAGAAAAAUUUGAGAAAAGCGAAUGUGACAAUUUUGGAGACGACAAAAGCUGGCGGCGUGCGAUUUACUGUUGAUGAGCUGUCGAAUUUGAACGAAGAUUUUCUCGAUUUGCACUCGAAAUACGCGAAAGCCGAAGAGGAUGUGAUUGGAAUGUUGUUUGAGAAGGCUCAAGAAUUCGUUGGGCUCAUUCCGCUCAUUGCGCAACUCGCCGCCGCGCUUGACGUGUUCGUCGCGUUGGCGACGUUCGCCACAACGUCGUCGAGAAUCUUCACACGACCCGAACUUCUGCCAAUGGGCUCGCGUCGGAUGAAGCUCGUCCAAUGCCGGCAUCCCGUCAUCGAAGCCACUAGCGAGAAGCCGUUCAUUCCCAACGACGUUGUGUUUGACAGCAAUCGUUUGAUGAUUUUGACCGGCGCCAAUAUGGGAGGCAAGUCGACGUAUCUUCGAUCGGCGGCCUUGUCAAUUCUGAUGGCUCAAAUUGGAGCAUUUGUACCGUGCGAGAGCGCUCAAAUCUCGAUCGUCGACGGGAUUUUCACAAGAGUUGGCGCUUCCGACAAACAAUCGCGCGGAAUCUCGACGUUCAUGGCGGAGAUGCUCGACUGCGCCGCGAUAUUGCAGCGCGCCACCGCCAACUCGUUCGUCGUCGUUGAUGAGCUUGGACGCGGCACGUCGACAUUCGAUGGAUUCGGAAUCGCGUCGGCCAUCGCCAGGGACCUGCUGAAUCGCGUCGAAUGCUUGUGCAUUUUCGCCACCCAUUUUCACGAGAUGGGCGAAUUGGCGAAAGAGGACGGAUGCAACGCGCUUCAGAUGGGCGUUCGAAUCGAGAACGGCGAGAUCCACAUGUUGUACAGAGUGCUCGACGGCGUCGCGCAAUGCUCGUUCGGGCUGCAAGUCGCCAAAAUGGUGGGAUUGAACGAGAACGUCAUCGAGAACGCCGGCGAGAUUCUCAAGAGUCUCGAGACCACGAAGACGAUGAUCGAUGAGCGCAAGAAGCGCGAGAUUCUGUGCUCCGACAAUAUUCGAGAGGCGAUUUUGAAUGUUGUGUCAUUUUGA